GAGGUGUCACAUUUCCGUUCUGCAGACAGUUUCCUGUUCUUCUUAAGGGCGUUGCAUUUCCACUUGUAUACUUUUUUUCCUGUCCCUGAGCUUAUUUAACUGUCAGCAGCAGGUAAUUAUCAUCAUCAGGUCUGAACCAGGAUUAAUCCUAUCCCCGCUACUUAAGCUGGACAUCUGCUGGACGAUCCUGAAACACACCUUACCUCUUUAAUCUACGUCCUUCCUCACGCGUGCUGAUCCAGCAUGCAGCCUCUCAGGACCCUGGGUCUCCUCCUGCUCAUGAUAUUACUGUGUGGUGAGUGAUGAUGAUGCUUUAUGAUAACUCUGUCAGGGAUUUAAAAUAGAAAUCACUUUAUUUUGAGCUGUGUCUCAGAAUUAAAGGGGAAAAAAAGAAUAUUGUGGUAGUUUUCUUGCUUUUCAACUGUUGCAAUUGGAAGCACUUGGAAAUGUAUUAGAGCUAAUUAUACUUUAUACAAGAAUGACCCUCUGAAUGAGAUACAAUUAGAAAUAACAAGAUGAGAUAAGAUAAACCUUAUUCAUCCCACGGCGGGGAAAUUUGCAGUGUUAGCAGCAGCAAAGGAUCAGCACAGCAAGCGUAGAAGAAUAAGUACAACAAGUGCACAAUGAGGUAGAAUUGAGUUAUUGUCUGUUAGUUGUGUUAGGAAAACCUGGACUACUGGGAGCAGGUCUGGUUAAACAGUCUGACUGCAGCAGGAAGGAAGGACUUGCUGUAUCUCUUUGUCACACACCAUGAGUGGAGAGGCCUGUCACUGAAGGAGCAGUCCAGUGCUGUUACAGUGCUCUGCAGGAGGUGGGAAACAUAGUCCAUGAGGGAUGAUAGCUUAGCCUUCAACUUCUUGUGCCCCACCACUUCUACAGGGUCUAAGGGAUGAUAUAGGAAUAUUGCAAUACGUCAUGUAAGAAGCCUUUGACUUUUCAGAAGAAUAAAAUAUGAUGCAAAAUAUUUUUAGAUAAGAAACACAUUCAGAUAUGAAGUGGGUGUGGUAGGUGUUAAAAAGGAUGUUUAAGGAAACAUAGAAACACCAGAGUGACGAUGACGGAUGUGUUUACCACUUCUGCUUCAAAUGUUGCUCGGCAUAGAGUGGGCUGGUGAGCGGUUUUGAUGAACCAAUCAGAGCAAUUCAGCUGGUUAGCUUGGCCGCAAGACAGCAGAGACAGAAAGUGUCUAACUGUACUGGAUGUCCGCAUGUGAAAUAUUAACAUUCUCUCACUGUCUUAACCUUCCUCCUGUGUUAGCUUUUACUACACACCCACCAUGCUAAUGGUCGAUUUUGACCCGUGUCUUAAAUCAGCUGUAAAUUACACUAAAAACAAUUCUCUAUCAUCCAGUUUGGUUCUCAUCUCUAGGUUACCUUGUUAGGCUUCAUUACACAUGAAAAUAUUGCUUAUAAUAUUUUUUGUAGUGGGCCUCUGGGCCUUUCUUUGUCAGUAUACCCCUCAUACAGACAACCAUACUGAAUUGAUCUCACAUGUCUGGGCAUGCUCAACAUUGUUUUUUUGUGCAGGGAAAAAGAUGGCAAAAUGAGAAAUUCCUAAAUCUCACAUGAUUGGAAGAGGAUCUGACUGUCAGUGUGGUGCCUGACAGUGCAGUAAUGAUUUCAGUUAAUGCUCUAAUGAUUGGAUAUUGAUCUAACCGGGUCAACAGCGACUCAAACAUGACAAGUGCCAUAAUUUUAAUAAGAGCAUUUUAUAAUUUAGUCCAUAAAUCUUUUUUAUUUUUAUUUUGUUGAAUUAGAGGUUCGUGACAAAUUGAAAAAGUCUUAAUUUAAGUGAUUCUUUUUAGCAUUUAAAAUCAAAAACACAGGAGGAGGGUUAAUAAACUCAUGUAUUGCUAAUUUUUGAAUCCUAUUUAUAAAAAUAGAUAAUUUUACUUUUUAAUGUUUGAUUUUUGUUUACUGAGGUAGUUCAGGAGCCAGGAUGUAUUAGUGGCAGCAUUAAAGAUUCAAUCCACUAGAGGGCAGUGAAGGCUCAUUUAACUGAAUUUAACUGAACAUUUGAUUUUGUCCAUCAACAGAUGCAGACAGUCUGUGCACUGAUAUAAUCACACUGGAUCCUCCAGCGGUUAUAGGAGAACGAGGGGAGUUCGUGGAGGUGAACUGCUCCUCUACAGAGGUGGAUCAUGUCGGGAUGUACUGGAGGAAGUCAAACUCAAGCUCUGAGGACAGUGAGGAUGAGAAGAGUUUCAUCGCUGAGUUUCUACAACUUUCAGACUGGAAUCUGACAGCUGAGUGCAUCGUAAUGCUAAAUGACUCUUUUAAGUGCAGCAAAGAACUGGAAAUCACCAUAUACAGUAAGAGGGAUUAUGAACAAAUAUCAUACAAUGGAAUGGAAUUUUAUUCUUUUUUGAGAAUUAAUUGAGAAAACAUUUAUCAAAACAAAAAUACAAAACAAAAAAUAUCUGUUAUAGUCACAUCAGACUCUAAUAUCUUAUUUUAUUUGACAGAUAAGCUAAGUGUGUCCAUGUAUCCUACCAAGUAUGUCCCUGGUUGGGAGGAAGGGGUGUUUUAUGAGCUACAGUGUGAAAUCUUCGAGGUUGCUCCAGUUCAAAACCUUGUUGUGAAGUGGUACAAAGACAAAAACAUCAUCAAGACCGAUACCUUCACCAACACCACCAAAAGACCAGUGGAUGAGUCUUCCUCUUUGAUUGUCAGCAUCAGCAGAGAAGAUGAUGGGGCUCAGUUUUGGUGUGAGGCUUUUCUCGACUUUGGGCCAAAUGGAAUAAAAACUCUCGUGAAAUCUGAGGUCCACAACGUUUCUGUUUUUUGUGAGUAAACUAUUUCUUAUUCCCAGAUAAACAAUAGUUUUUAAUUUUAACAUCAUGCUUUUCUAUGCUUGAAUAAAAAGCUAACAUUUCUUUCUCCAGAUGCCCCUGAACUCAAAGGUGACAAAAAAGGUCAAUACCACUUUUUGGAAGAGGGUGACGGUAUCACCAUGGACUGUGAAGCAGAAGGAAACCCUCCUCCGGUCUUUAACUGGACUGGUGACGGGGUGUAUUUGCCGGAGAAGACAAGUAAUCUGGCUCUUUCUGGUGUUAACAACACCAUGAUCUACAACUGCACGGCUUACAAUCUUCUGGGAAGUGUUACAAAGUGGUUUAAAGUUGAAGUGAUCAAGCCAGCAGCUGCCCCUGAGACCAUUUCAGAGGUAUCAGCAACGACUGUCCCUGAGACUACCACACCAACCUACACAACACCUUUAACACCAGGUACACAUCUGUCUGUCAGAUCUGCAUGCAUAUUUACUUUUUAACGAAGUCAAACUGAUUAAAACAUACUUGCCUCCAAAUGGCAGGUUGCCCCCUCACAUUGACGCCUCCUGAGGUUGUGGUAAGAUAUGGAGAUCCUAUCUCUGUGAACUGUAGCACAUCAGACCCUGAUGCUUUCAUUAUGGGCUGGGAGGCUAUAGUCGGAGGCACAGGGGUUAAACCGCCCCCCACAGUCACCUGGAAGGUUGGAAAACUGAGAGAGUGGGCAAUAAGACCCACAUGCUUCCUCACUGAUAAGAACAAUGAACAGUGCGUGGUGACGCCAGUUAUCACCGUUUACAGUGAGUACCUCAGACUUUCCUUUCCUCAUGCCUUCUAGUCUGUAUAAUAGUAAUGUCUGCACACAUUUCUGACACUUUGCAUUGACAACAUUUCCCCUUCUGUUGCUUCACAGAGACCCCAGACACUGUAUCAGUUUCUGCAGAAGUUCCUGGUCCAGUGGUGGAGGGCAAAGACUUCUUACUGACUUGUAAUGUCAUCAAUGUGGCGCCUGUGCAGAACCUCACGAUAAAGUGGUACCAAGGGGACAAAAUUGUGAACACGAAAACCUUCAACGCCACCACUGUGACCCCGGUCAAUGUGUCUUCCAACCUGAGUGUCAGUGCCAAGAGAGAGUAUAACGGGUUGGCUUACACGUGCAAGGCUGAGCUGCACCUUGGACCAGCAGGACCAGAGCCGAUCCCUUCUGUCACUUCACUACCUUUCAUUGCUGAUGUGCGCUGUGAGUAAAUUUACCAUUUUUGCUCCUGUCUUUGCUUCUCAUUUGGGAUUUCAUGUGAUUCUUGAACCCUUUUCUCCACAGAUCCCCCUGUGAUUAAGGAAAGAAGCAGCAAAGUAGAGGUGAACCCAGGCGAAAAUGUGACUUUUCCCUGCAGUGCUGAGGGCAAUCCUCCUCCUAUGAUCCACUGGAACUACUCCCCUGCAGGGAAUGUGAAAGAGACCACUGGGGGGCGCCACAGGGAUAUCAGCAUUACAGAAGCCACGUCUACUAAUGCUGGUGUUUACAUCUGUAAUGCCACCAACGACAUGGGCUCUGUGACAAAAUCAGUCACAGUGAUCGUGAUAAGUGAGUGCAAAACAUCUGAAAUUGUGUUUCUAAUGUGAUGUUUGUAGGCUGUUAUUGCAUCAAGAAGUUAGAGGCAGACUUCAAUCUAUGUUAUUUUUUACCUUUCCUUAUGCCUUCUAGUCAGUAUGAUAGUAAUGUCUGUGAAAAUAUUUGAUACUUUCCAUUAACACCAUUUCCCUUUCUUUGCUUCACAGAGACCCCAGACACUGUAUCAGUCUCUGCAGAGGUUCCUGGUCCAGUGGUGGAGGGCAAAGACUUCUUGCUGACUUGUAAAGUCAUCAAUGUGGCGCCUGUGCAGAACCUCACGAUAAAGUGGUACCAAGUGAACAAAAUUGUGAAAACACAAACCUUUCACGACACCACUGUGACCCCACUCAAUGUGUCUUCCAACCUGAGUGUCAGUGCCAAGAGAGAGUAUAACGGGUUGGCUUACACGUGCAAGGCUGAGCUGCACAUUGGACCAGCAGGACCAGAGCUGCUCCCUACUUCCACAUCACUACCUUUCAUUGCUGAUGUGCGCUGUGAGUUUUCGUAUUGAUCUCUUCACCAUUUUUGCUCCUGUCUUUGCUUCUCAUUUGGGAUUUCAUGUAAUUCAUGAACCCCUUUCUCCACAGAUCCCCCUGUGAUUAAGGAAAAAAGCAGCAACGUAGAGGUGAACCCAGGCGAAAAUGUGACUUUUUCCUGCAGUGCUGAGGGCAAUCCUCCCCCUAUGAUCCACUGGAACUACUCCCCUGCAGUGAAUGUGAAAGAGACCACUGGGGGGCGCCAUAAGAUUAUCAGCAUUACAGAAGCCACGUCUACUAAUACUGGUGAUUACAUCUGUAAUGCCACCAACGACAUGGGCUCUGUGACAAAAUCAUUCACAGUGAUCGUGUUAAGUGAGUGCAAAACAUCUGAAAUUGUGUAUCUGAUGUCAUGUUUGUAGGCUGUUAUUGCAUCAAGAAGUUAGAGGUAGACUUCAAUCUAUGUUCUUUCUUACAGGUAAAACCAGUAGUGGUCCCUCAUGGCUAUGGAUUUUGAUUAUUCUCUGUGUGGCUCUCCUCCUCCUCAUCAUCAUCAUGAUCAUUUUCCACAACCGCCGGAGAAAAAAUGGACAGUAUAGUUUUGUUUCUACGGAUGAUAUCCAGAUGACUGGGAAGCCUGUUGCUUAGGAUAUUUACUGUUUGCUGAGUAUCAGUUAGGGGAUUGAUGACACCAGCAGACACCCCAGAAAUGUUUGCCCUGAAAGAAUGUCCUGUAAUUUUUGUACUUAUUUAGCUAUGUAAGAGUCUUACACUGAGGUGGGAAAAUGAUAAUUUUUUUCAACAAACGUAAAAAGUUAGUCAUCUUCUUUGAAAGAGCUCUGAUUUGUACUCUGUUACUGUCAAAGCAGGUCAAUCACAGCAUAGAUUUUUUUUUGUCAUUCUAUGAAGUCUAAUCUUGAUUUUUAUCUUUUACAUUAUUUCUUUUUGGUGCUUGUUUGCUGUUUAUAUCUUAAACAAACAGUAACAUGUAUUUAGAGUUUAGCUUUUCAAACUUGGAAAGUUUAUUUUUGGUAUAUCACUGCCAUCAGUGGACUUUAAGAUUAUACAUUGUUUUUUUCUGACUCUGUUUCGGCUCUUGAGUUUGUUUUCUACUGGAAUGCUGUGUGUGUUGAAAGAUGCACAACAAAACGCAAUUGUGCAGCUGCUUGGUAAAUAGAAAAAAAGAACAAUGUUGACUGGGAUGACUGAUGAGUGAGAGGUUUUGUUAACUAGUGCUAUCUUAAGGUUUGGCUACUUCAAGUAGUCAUUUCAACUGGGUGGGUAGUGAAGAUACAAGUCAAAUCUCCAACUCGUUAUUGAACCAUUCGUGAUUAAUAUCACGCUGCCAGCAGCAGUCAUUGUGUCACAGCAUCAGCUCUUGUUCGAGGAUGAACUCUAUUGAUCCUCGUUGUGGGCCCUGUCAGGACAGUACACGGCCUACAGAGCUCAGUGAAUUGAUCAAAGACUAUUCAGACUAGCAGGUCACACAGCUUAGACGAAUAUGAUGACUUUGAAACAACACAGGAAGUCAGAAUGAAGUGUAGUAGGGGAGAGUGGGGUAAGAUGAACCAUUUUUCAUAUUUCGGUUCACUGCAAUUAUAGUUUUGUCUCUAAAUAGUGUAUCUGCAAAUAUUUCAGGAUGUUGUGCAUCCCUGCAAACCAAAAGAAUGAGUGUAAACAUAACUGUCUUGAUGAUGUAGCAUUCCAAAAAAAAAAAAAUCUCCUAUGGUCAACUUACCCUGUGUAUGGGGUAAGUUGACCAUAGGAGCGCAGUAAGUUGAGCUAUGUCCCUACCACCCCUCCGCUCUCCACCCCAGCCCUCCCUCACCUUCUCGCUCCCUAAAUGACAGUCACUUCUUCACAUUGAUGUGUAUUCUGAACACAAUUCUAAUAAAACUUAUGACAUACUAAAUUUA